GCAACGGCCACACAAACAACUACAACUUUUUUUUUGGAAAAUUUCGUUAAUUAUCCGAUGGUCGAGGCUAAUUCAUUGCCAAACCAUCAAAAGAAUUGCCCCAUCCCACUCAGGAUUCCUAUAAAUAAUAAUAACAACUGGUUCCAAAUUGUCAGUAAGCCGAUUUCGGUUAAAGAAUAAUCAUGAUUCGUCUUUUGAGUGUUUUAAUUUUAUCAGUCACUUUGGUGGUGGUUACAUCCGAUGACAGAAAAGAUAGGAGCAACGUUCCUGGUUAUACCACCAAAUACGACAACGUAGACUUGGAAGCCAUUGUGGCCAACGAAAGGAUCCUAAGAAACUAUGUUGACUGCUGCCUGGACAAGAAGAAGUGUACUCCCGACGGUGAAGUACUGAAAGGUCAUAUCAAAGAUGCCAUAGAAAAUGAAUGUGAUAAAUGCAACGAUGUGCAGAAGAAAGGGAUUCGUAAGGUAGGAAAAGCUCUUUAUACCAAGCACCCCACAUGGUGGAAGGAGCUUUGCGACCAUUUCGACCCAGAAGCCAAAUACCAGAAGAGGUACGAGAAAUUCAUCCAAGAUGCCCUAGCCCAAGAAGAUUAGGCCACACCCUGUAUAGUGGAUAGAAUGUAUUUUAUCUACCGAUCUUGAUUGGCCACAAAAUUUCACUAUGUUUCAAUUUCACCAGCAAACAAUAAACAUC